GAAAAUAAAAUUUUAAAGUAUCAUUAAGGGAAGUAUUUAUGGACUCUGUGAUCUCCUUCCCAUUCUGUCUCAUCAGCUGUCUCUCAGUCGUUGAUAUUGAAAUGGAAGAAUCUCGUGGCCUGGUAAAGCACAUACUGAUUGCAAAAUUCAAAGAUGAAAUCCCGCCUCAAAAGAUCGAAGAACUCAUCCAUGGAUACGCCAGUCUAGUACCUCUCAUUCAACCCAUGAAAUCCUUCCACUGGGGGAACGAUGUGAGCAUAGAGAACUUGCAAGAGGGUUUCACCCAUGUGUUUGAGUCCACAUUUGAGAGUUUGGAAGGCGUCGCAGAAUAUGUUGCUCAUCCAAGCCAUGUUGAGUUUGCAAAUGCCUUCCUGCCUUCUUUAGAGAAGGUCAUUGUUAUUGACUACAAACCCACCACAGUGAAUCUCUCCUAAGAAUUGUGGUCUUCCUGCCUUCUUUAGAGAAGGUCAUUGUUAUUGACCACAAACCCACCACUGUCAAUCUCUCCUAAGAUUUGUGGUUUGAUGAAAUUGUCUCAUAAUAAUUGGGCUUUGAUAAACUUUGCUUCUUCAUUGGCAUGUUGUCAUCUCUUUACGUUGAACUUUGAUAAACUUUGCUUCCUCAUGGACAGGUUAUCAUAUCUCUUUAUUUUGUGAAA